AAUAUAUCAUCAUUUUAAGUAAACUAUUUUUAUGGAUAUUUCAUGGGAUUAGCUGAGUCAAAGGUUUCUACAUUUGUAUCCUCAACAUCCACAUCUGAAUAUAAUAAAUCUGUUGAAGAGGAAUCUCAAGAACUAUUUCUCAAAAAUGGUGAAAUCUGUGAAGCAGAAUUAGUCAACAGAAAAUUCAAUAAUAUAUGUAAUGAUAAUCAGGGUAAUAAUUCAAUGAAGAAACAGACUAUUUCAUGGAAAACAGUUGGCGCUACUAGCAAACCAAGUAAAACGUACUAUUUGGUCGAUGAUUCUUUUGAGUGUACACCACCGUCAUCAUCGAAGAAUAACUCCAAAGUUUUCAAUGACAACAGUCAUAAUAAUCAACCCAAAAAACAACUACCUAUCAGUCAGUUAGUAAAACAACCCCUUGUGUCAAAAAUCUCGCUUACUGAUACUAACACUGAUAACAUGGAUCUAAGCAAUAACAAAUGUCAAGCCUUAACAAAAAAUUUAACGAAAACUCCUCACUGCUCACAAACGUUCUCAGCAAACAACAUAAACUCAGAAAUUUACGAUAAAUGGUCAGACACGCUUGAAAAGCAUUCACGUCAGUAUCUUUUGAAUCGUAAAUGCGGACCUCAAUCAAACUUACUUUCGUCAGAGAAAACAGGUCUUCUACAACAAGAUAUGAUUGAAUUUUAAAGUUAAAUGUGAUAUUCUCUUGUUAUAACUAUUUUUAGCUUUUAAUAUUUGAGGAGGUAAUGGAGGAAAAUAUUACAACCUUUGUAUUUUUUAUGUCCUUUUAACUUAGAUCAUAACUCACAAUUUAUUUCUUUUCAUAAUUAAAAAAACUGAUACAAAUUGACGGACUUCAACUAUUUUAUAUGAAUUAAUAUGCACAGAACGGAUUUUAUAUAUUUUUUGUAACAUAUGAGAAUAAACAUUUAAUUUAAUUCA